AUGGGGAAGACAAAAUUACCUCCUGGAUUUCGGUUUCAUCCUACUGAUGUCGAACUUAUCAAGUUCUAUUUGAAGAGGAAAGUAAUGGGAAGGAAAUUCAAUUUUGAUGCUGUGGCUGAGGUUGACAUAUACAAGUAUGCUUCUUGGGAUCUUCCAGUGAGAUCUAGUUUGAGAAAUGGGGACUUGAAAUGGUAUUUCUUUUGCCCACGAGAGAAGAAAUAUGCGAGUGGGGCUACACAGAAUUGUGCUACUGAGUUUGGGUAUUGGAAGACCACAGGAAAGGAUAGAGCUGUUCGUUACAAUAACGAAACUGUGGGGAUGAUAAAGACUCUAGUUUUCCACAGAGGUAAAGCUCUGCGAGGUGACCGGACAGAUUGGGUUAUGCAUGAGUAUAGAAUUGAAGAGAAAGAUCUGGCUGACAGAGGUGUUGCGCAGAUAAUCCUUGAUUCUGACAUUUUUUCAAUAGCCUCAAAUAUUUGCUUACACAAACAGCUAAUACCAAUGGUCCUCAAAUAUUAA